UUUUCAUUUUUUAUUCCUCACGUGCAUGCGUUGCCUUGUUGGGUUCUUAUUGUCGAUAGGUUUGUGCGGUUUUAAUUCAUUGCAAGAACCUUUUAAUUGUAAAAUCGCUAUAAUUGAUUUAUCGAAUUGAGAGGACAAUUUUAAGUUAGCCCGGAAAACUAUAACACACAAAUGGCAGUGCCUCUACUGCCAGAGGAUUUCAACGUGUUCGUCGGCGCCAAGACUGGCAUACUCAAAGGGCUUUGCUUAUACAGUGGUCCCGAAGGAUCACUUGUGCAAAAUGUUCCAAAGGACUUGCGCGUCCUCUCAAAAGAAAAGGAAAUCACUGCAAUGGCGUGGGCUGAUCCUGAGGAGUCACAGGUGCUGACAGGCCACGCCGAUGGUACUGUGCAGAUCUACUCGCCUGCCAAAGGUCGACUGAAAACUGUGGAUGAAGCCUGCAGUGAAGGACCCAUCAUUGGUCUGGCAAAGUGUGGCAACAACUAUGUGACUGGCAUCGCUUCUGGCACUGUGCGCCUCUGGGGAGAUGCUGGCUGUGAAGUAGGAUCUGGCGGUGUUUUGGAGAGAUUGAGAGUUAACGGAGACAUAAUUGCUACUGGUGGACCAAAAAACGAUCUCAAACUUUGGAGCAUUAGCGCUGGUUUGAAAUCAACUUUCAAAGCAAAAAAUGUGGCUCACAAUUGGCUCGAGCUUGAAGUGCCAGUUUGGAUUUCAGACAUUGCAUUUAUCCCGCUCAGUGAGAAAAUAAUCGUAUCGACAAGGCAUGGAAAUGUUAGAAUUUAUGAUCCAAAAGCUCAGCGAAGACCAGUGUUCAACAUGGAAUUUCCAGAAAAAGCUUUGACCGCUAUUGCUUUCGGUCCCUCGGAAAACCAUGCUGUGGUAGGUACUGGCACUGGACAGCUUUACAAAGUGGACUUCCGGCACAAAGGACUAAUUGCUGGACACUACAAAGGUGCAAAGGGAAGCAUCAGAGAAAUUGUCUGUGCCAACGAUCACGUCUUUAGCGUUAGUUUGGAUAGGCACUUCCGAGUGCACAAUGGGACAUCCAGGCAGCUAAUCAAAUCGGAAUAUUUGAAGUCCAAGUUAAGUUCGCUCCUUGUGAAAGCGGAUUUUGAAUUCAACAAAAAGGUGGAGGAACCUGAAGUGGCGGAUGACAAUAUCGAAGAGGUCGGUUUCGAAGAAACCGAGAUGGAUGAAAUCUUCAGUAAAAUGGAAUCUGCUGAACAGGUUGAAAUUACUAAAUCAAAGAAGAGUAAGAUCAUUAUUACAGAUAUAGACACACCCAAGAAGAAGAAAAUAAAGGUUUAAAAAUCUUUUUUUAAGGCUUUCGAUAAUAAAAAAAAAAUGUAAAUUCUACCAAACUUUUUGUACCUUUCAGACUCAUCACUCAUAAGUGCCUUUUCUUUUGAUCACACUUGUGUCACAGUGAUGCAAUUUUUGACUUAGACCUAGAGUUCCAUAACAUGCGUAAAGUGAAAAAAUUACUUGUGUUGAUUCAAGACUAAAAUUGAGCAAUUCUGAUAAACCUUUAAAAAUAUCACAAGUUAAGUUUGGAUGCAUUUUUGGAUUAUUUUUUAUCUCUUCCAUGGAAAAUAAAAAUGAGAAUCAUGAUAGCAUGAACUAGAAAUUUCUUCUUUCGUGAUGAUCAUGUGGUAAAAUCAAAUGAACAAAAGAGUAGCGUAAAUUGGUGUAAAUAAGAAAAAGGCUAGGAAAUAAAUCAGUUAUUUUAUUUUUGUAUCAAAUACAUGUAAAGUUAGUGAUCACAAAUUAGGGGACUGUUAUUUAAGAACAUUUUGUAUAAAAACCAAUUAACUAUUGUCAAUUUUGCAGUUAAUAAUCACAUGAAUUAGUACAUUUUUGUCCCAUUAUUAUUAGCACACAUAUAAUACUAAUCCUACAUGGUCAUUUCAAAACUGUUCGUCUUUAAUUGGCAAUAGCUCAAUUAAAUUUGAAGUUACAAAAAUGUAUUUUGUUUUUACCACUAGCUGCAUUUUUCUACAGCUAUGUCACAUGGUAAUCUUUUUUCACGAUUAAUAUUGCUUGGUCGCUUAUAUCACUAGACCAUAAUAUGGUAACGAUCCGACUUCCUCUUCGGUAAACUAUUCAAAAAUUUGACACACAGAAACUAAAAAAAUGAUGAAAUAAUUUGUGGCGACAAAUCUUGUACAAAACAAAUAACAUCACUACUUCAUAAACCUCAUUUAUAUUAUUGGUACAUCAAUUGAUAUACUGUUAACGGGGCCUCGUGAGAUUUUUUUCAUAAAAUGUAAAUGCACCUCUUUUAUUAUUCUCAAUUAAAAUAAUUUUUCAACAUGGA